AUGAUAAGUGAACUAACAGAAAAAGCUGCAUCUUUAGACAUACUUUCUAGGCCUGAAUUGGAGUGUGUCACCCAAAGUUGCGUAUGUUCAUAUUAUGGAGGCAAAACUAAUGGUUCUACAAAUGAUUGUACCCUUCCAAACGGCCAAAAAGUUCAAAAAGCACUUCGUAAAGAAAUUAGAUUGUUAACAGAAGAAGAGAGAAAUAAAUUUUUUUUCGGUACAACAAAUAAUGAAGGCUAUGUAACUACAGGAUUCUUUGCACCUUGGAAAACUCUCGAGGGGAAUCAAUAUAUUUCAAGGGAAGUCGGCGUUAUAAGUAGAUGCACAACUGAAUAUGACGUUGAUUGGACACUUUCACAAACAAACGUGGAUAAUGUACUUGCUUAUAUGUAUCCGGACAAGGGUUGCCCUUAUAGUGUAAAUUGGGAAUGGCUUGAGUAUACUCAUGCAAGAACGCAUAAAUGUGUUGGUGGAGAUAUGUCAUAUCUAGAAACAUCUGCUAAUGAAGUUCUCUUUCCUCUGUUUCAUUGUUUUGUUGAUUCAGUAUUUGAAGAAUGGCGUCAGACAAAACAAAACAGAACACAACGUGUCAAUGAUUAUCCCGAAAAUCUCCCUGCUUGUUCAACAGCCUGUCAUUAUAGAAAUGCGACAAUGACACAAUUUCCUGUAAACUCUUUAAAUUAA